UUAUUAUGAAUACGAAAAAAAUCUCUAUGCGCGAAAAAACAAUAAUUUUCUAUCCUUUUGACGUUGAAAUUACAUCAAUUACAAGUGCUGUGUAUGGUGUAUGCGCGCACGUGAGUUGUCUGUCUGAUAAAGUAACGGAAGUAUCACUUUUACUCGUGAAUUUGUUGCGGUGCUUAUUUCUAAUACUUUCUUUCCGUGUGCGGCCUAAUUCUCGCACGAUCCACAGCGAAUAUAACCCGAGCCCAUCAAUUUUCACUUGUGCAUCUGUAUGAUACUCUAUAUUUAACAAUCGCAUUCGGCUAACAGAUUUUAUUCGCUCUAUCAUCCGUGAAACGUGAUUAGACACGCGAGUCCAUCUUAUUGCUCGCAACGUACCGUAAGUGGUUCCUUAAAACGUUAAUAUUUUUAAUUUUGUCGAUUUUUCUUUUUCUUUUCCUCGCUUGCGCAGACAUUACGAUUAUUUAUACCUAGAAAUUUACUUUGAGUCAUUGUGCGCUUUACGUUUAAAAAUUUUUCGCCUGUUAAUCUAUCGAACCGACAUGAAUGGCGGUCGAUCAAAGCGCAAGGAUAAGACUGUCAGUCGGCUUUGCAUCCGCUUAGAUCUAUAAUCGUUAACACGAUCCUGAAAACACAGUGUCGUGGACAUGACACGGCGAUGGGACCGAUGUCCGAUCCGGUGACACGGCAAUUCGAGCGCGCGCGCGAUGAAAGAGGUAUUCAAUUAUCGGCGACGAUUCGACGAUGACGAGUCGGCGAAGUCGGCGAGUCCGAACAAGGAUUCAACUAAUGAAACGCGACUCUUUGCGCUACGUGGUGGCGCGGAGCCCUUGCCCCGUUGCGUUUGCAGCUUUUAGUCACGGUAUCAAAGACUCUACCGUCUCCAUGCGAUGGUGGGUCAAAAGUUCCGUUCGGCUUUGUCGUUCGCCGAUGUCAAUCGUCGCGUUAAAAUCGCGCGAGCGAUUGUUGUUACCGCGUUACCACACGGUAUAUAAAUCUCGAAACGCGGACCAUUUCCCACUGUUACCGCAUACACACACGGUGCAUAAUGUUGCUGCAAAACUCUUUGUUCCUUCGCCUUGCAUUCGUCAUAGCCGCGUUUGCCCCGGGCAAACGUAUCAGGCACGCCGGACUGGGGAGCGCGCGAUCCACCCGUAAUCCGCCAUUUUUACGUCCACUUGUUCAGCAGCCGAGAAACGAGAAUAUCAUAUGCCUUUCGCGUGUCUGGCUAGAUCGUGGCACGUAUAUACGCUGCGCUGUUAUUUUCAUUCAGGAAAGGACGCCGCGGGAGUUCGAUUUAUCCACCCCCGCGUCGACGUCGGUGGUGGCGACGACGGCGACGGCGACGGCGAGAGGGAAGCGUUAUCACGCAUGCCCGUGCAUUUCCCCGGCGUCCUCGUCCACGGAAUCGCCUGACGGGGUAUUUUGACAGUACGCCGCCCUGCAUCCUCCGCGUCGAGAUGCAUCUCGAUCCUUGUCGUUCGCGGCGCGAAUCGCCCUGAUGCCCGAUCAUGGAUCACCGCAUAUACACUUGACCGCGAGAAUAUCGCGAGAAGGAUGCGUCGGACGCGUCGCUUAAACGUGCGCGUUUAACAGCGCCGCUCGCGGAACCGGGUCAGUCGAUAGGGAGUCUGAGCGAGUGUUAGUGCGCGUCCAGAGUGUUUCCUCGCGGUCGGGGUAGUAGGCUCGAGGGGUGGAAGACGAGGGGCAGGAACAUAAGACGGUCCCAAGGGCCGAAACACGGUUAAAUCGUGCCUCUCGUUACGAUUUUCGGGGGAGAAACGGCCCUCGAUUCGAGAGUUUUCCGUUCCGCCAUAAGCGAGAGACGGGAGAGAAAGAGAGGUGAUUACAGGUGGUAAACUCGUCGUCGAGUCGCUCCGACAAGAGGGACUCGUACGUUCGCGUGUAGACAGUACCGUUUUUCAGAGAGAGAGAGAGAGAGAGAGAGAGAGGAAGAGAGAGAGAGGGAGAGCGUUUACGCUCUCCUGGGGUGGCCGGGAGAGGAAUGGCAGCGUGGCGGCGGGUCCGAAUCUUCCUCGCGAUGUCUCGGAGCAAGGCGUUGACUCGCUUUUGAGCCAAGUGGGCGGGUGUAGUUGUGAAAGAGUGAAGUGUUUGAAUGACUUGCGCGGGAAGGUGGUUGUGUUAACUCGAGGAUGCGGAUUUCACGGACAUGAAUACCUCCUCCCCGGCGAGGUGGGGCCCCGACUCUCUCGGCGUCGCCGCGCGGAUUACCACCGGCGCGGGCGUCCCGAAGUGCCGUGUAAAUCUUCCUGAAAAUUACGAAGUAAUCUCGCGACGGUUCCAGAAUCAGGUUUCGUUCGUACGCGCUUUUGUGCGGGUGUGCGCGUGUGUGAUGUAUCUGUGCGUGUGUAUGUGAGUGUGUGUACGUGUACGUGUACGUGUAUGUGUGGAUUGUGUGUCGUAUGUAAAGUGCCAGUCGACAGGAUGACGUCGGCUCCUCUAUUGAGCCGCUGCCCCAUGUGUGCUCGGAAAUCUUCGUGACCGACGCGAAAUCUUGCGCUCGCAGUGCGAGCCGAUCGUUAGAUCCUUCGUUAAUGUGAUUCUCGUAACGGGCGUCUUGUGAUCCUUCGUAAGAGGAGGGGCCUUUUUCCCCCCGGGUGAUUAUCCUUGAUACGAACCUGGCUGUGCUCUGCUCCUUACCGUACGUGGAACCGUCCGUCUGUCAGAGAAGCGUCUCUCGGAACGUGAAAUCCCGUUUGGGACCUUGACGGGCUCUCGUCCCCGAGCGGAUUCCCGCGCUCUCGGUCGGUCGGUCCCAAGCUAUCCUGGUGCAUGCGUUCGAAGGUGGGCGGAUGCCGCUGUCCACGCCAAGGACACGUAUCCUCGAGCGCGCGUUCGAGAACAAUGAGGAUCUCAGAACGACCGUUUUGCUGCGAUGCCAGAAUGCCGGAGUGCUGGGAGUGCAAAGUCCGAGCCGUCUCCUUCUGCCCUUCGUCCGUGUCGUCAUCCGCGUUGUCGUCGUCGUCGUCGUCAUCGUCGCCGCCGUCGCCGUCGCCGUCGUCGUCGUCGCUCGCUUCGUUGAAACGUACGACCGAAAUCUAGUUGCGUCGCGAAUACAUACGUAGGAAUAAAUUGCCCGGAGAGAGUGCAUUUGCGACGAUUAGAUCGGCAGCGAGGAAAGAGAAGCGACCGACGAGUCAAACAGAAUGAGUCAUUUUGAUUGGAAGCUGCUGCGCCGGAAGAAGGUGAUACCGGCGGAUCGCCGGCCGCCGGAGAAAGAAGAGACAUGGACCUUGGCUACUGAUCAGCAGGACUCGUGUGUCUUUUUUGACGGUGCUGUCGAAUCCAAGGCAAAAGACGCACAAAAUCCGGAGAAAACGCAAUUGAAAUCGUCGACCGCGGAAAUAAUAUCUGUGGAUGCGAGUGAUAACGUGGACCACACUUUACCACGCUGCCAGGAGACCAGGAAGAGUAAGAGCAAGAAGGUGAAGAGCUACCUGAAGAAGUGCAAGGGCGCGUUGUCGAAAGGUGAUGAGAGCGUCACGGAGAAGAGACGCCAGGAGAACUGCACUUCGUGGUACUUGGACGACGUUCCAACCUGUGCGAGUCAGCAGGAGGAUCGUGACGAACCUCCCGAGAAGUAUACGGAAUUCCCCGAAGAGAGACUCGAGGGGGCGGCCCGCGAUGCAGAGCCCGUCGAAGAAUCCGCGCCUGAAACGCUCGAGGAGAAUUUCUCGAGGGGCGAGAACCUUGAGGAGACUCCGCACGAGGCUCUCGCCAGGCUGCUGGAAGAGGAUCGCAGGGUCGAUCUUUGCAGAAGCAGGUCGUCUUUGUACGACGACGCCACAGACGCGAAUCAGGAGCAGCCCGUCUCGGAUGAGAAAACAAAGGAACCAGAGCUCCACCGUGACGAAGAGAAAAGAGAUGCCGCGAACUCACUCGAGACAUUGACGACGGAAGACACGAAUCUGAAUAAGUGCGACUCGAGCGACACGUUGAUAGCAGAGGUUCCGGAAGCGACUGAAACUGUGACGGAAACUCUCAACUCGGAAGUGACGAUCAUUGUAAAAGAGGAGGGGAAAGAGCCUGCGGACGGAGAGUUACCAGUUCCUGCGUGCUGCGGGAAUCGUGGUGAUUUCGCUUCUCUGGUCCGGAAUUUGCUCGGACCAAUUUACGGUGACAGUGUUAUGAAUCUACUGAUAAGACAAGCACGGGAUAUCCUAGUUUGCGCUUAUCAUGGCAACUUGGAGAACUUCGUCCGGACUUAUCUCUCACCUGCUGCAGCUUUGCUAGCGGAAGUCAAGAAUGUCGCCUCCGAAACGGGAAACGAGGCGGUGGUGCCGGAGGGCUGGCCUCUGACGUUGGGCGGCAGCGGCCUGAUCCUGCAGCUGGGCGAGCUCGAGGCGUCCGCGCUGCGUCUCGGGGAAUGUUACCUCUGCGUACGCAGCGCGGCUGCUGCAACUGCGACUGCAACCACCACCUCGUCGGUCAACGGCGCCACGACCGCCGGUGAAGCCGUCGAGCAAAAUACCGUUGAGAUAGCAGUAGUCUGGCGAACUACGUCGAUGAGGGCCCCGGGGAUCUUGGGUUGGGACCGUGAAGACGAGUUUAUGGACUGGCGGGACCUGACAAACAAGGGUCAGCCGAGCUCGAAUACGGCGAGUGCAAAUCUUAGUGGACCGCAGCCCUCGAGCGUGAUGAAAACCGCCGGUCGUCCGCGGCGAAGAUCGCGCGAGGACGCGCGCCCGAGGACGCGCGAGACCAACCGAACCAGCAGCGCCGAGCCUGGUCGUCGGGAGGAGGCCAAGUCGAUCGACAGGCUGCAGCACCAGUUCUCACGUGAAAAUCGCGCGAUCGGCGAGUCGGAAUCCCUCCAUCACGCCGGCACGGUGAUGAAGUCCAGGUCCGCGUCUAGCGUCGACGCUUGGAAGGAAGACCUCGACGGCGAGCUCGAUCGUGGCUCGAGUCGCAGAGCGCGCUCCAAGAAUUCCUCUAGUCCUACCGGCGGCGACGAGAGCCGCGCCAAAGUGAAGCGGUGCGCCAAGGUGGUCUCCCCCACGACAAUGGAAAAAUGGAAGGAGAGCAGCAGAUGCGAAAUGCGCAGCAGGUCGAUCGCACCGGGGGAUCUGAAGAGUCCUCUGCAAUUCGAGGAAAGCGUUUUGCGGCGGGAUAACAAUGUCGCCGACGAUUCGCCGAAGGAUCUCGAGGACAGAUUGCGGAACGCGAGCGGCCCGGACGACGUUAGCGACGAGGAUCUGCCGGCAUACAUAGGCAGUCUGCUCGUCACCGUCGAGAGAAAGAUCGAGAGGGUCUCGCUCGACGAUAUGACGUUCCCCUGUCCGGCCUGUCGAAAUAUAGACACGGACGAUCCGUUAUUAGGAUGCAGAUGCGCCGGCGACGAUUGCGACUGCGGUGCUGGCGAGGAUAACUGCGACUGUUCUUCCUCCGCCUCGCGAAAGGAACAAUCCACAAAGAGCUUCGAAGUGGCUGGAAUCAAGCAUAUCGACAGCGACGACGAGGAGGAAGUGCGAAUGGGCUUUGGAACCAAAAAGCGAAUCGAUGAAGUGACAUCACCAAGGACUAUCCAUGACUUACCGGAACACGUUCUCACAUGUGGCCUGUCACUUCCCGGAUACUUUGAUGUCGUCGGCAGACCGGUUAUCGAAUUCGAGGACAACGUAUCUACGAGGGAAACCCUUUCCGUUAGAGAGACGUCGUCUUUUCUGCUCUACCUCUCUCGUCUACCCAGCUCCGACCGCACAAAAGAUGGCUUCACUAUUUUCAUACGCGGCGAUUCUAAGGCGAGUCUGGAGUUCGUGGACAAAAUAGUGGCUCUGCUGCAGGGCAGGGUCAACGUGGCUCUCGUGCUUCGGGACGCCGCAGCAGCAGACGGCCUGAUCGAUUCUCUCUUACCUCUCAGUAGCGUCCAGACCAUCAUCGUGAAUGACGCCACUCUCGCAAAGUAUAUUCCCAGACGGGAAGAAAAUCACGAUCAGAUGCAAUGGAUUGCAUUUUACAAGGAAUAUGACAGCCUCAUGACGGAGUGGCAAUCGGCUGGUCGCAGAUUGGCCCUCGAAAUGUCGGAGCUGAAAGAAUGCACGAGCCUGUCCGGCACUUUGACGCCUCUCGGUCGGCUCCUCACGGACCCCACAUUGAGAAGAACGUCUAGAGAUGCCGAAGAGGCCAUCGCCGCGCUCGAGGAACGCGCGGCUCCACUUCUGCACAUCGAGCACGUUAGAUUGUCGGUGAAACGAGCCCGAAGACUGGUGGAGGAGGUGGGUAAGGCUGCCACCAGGCUGGAGUCAUCGUUCGAGUCGCGACGCGCGACUAUCCGCAAUCUCGCGGUUCUACGGAGCAUCGAGGAUCAAGCGCACGAGAUACUAUCGUGGCUUUGCAAGAAAGGUGAAGAUAUUCUGUCGAAGCACGCACAGCACACGGCGACAAAUUUGGCGUCGGCGCGUCUUCACGAGCGAGAAUUCGAAAAGUUUUACUUCACGUCGAUGAGACACCUGGACAAGGGAAGCGAUCUUGCCGAGGCGGCGAGCGCGAGCGGACUCCGCGAGCUCGCGAGGUCUUUGAAGCAGCACUUACGGGGAUUCGGUUCCCGCUUGGAGGAUAGGCGGGAAUACUUGGAGGACACAUCGAGAUGCUGCCUUCUGCAGGAUCGCGCCUACGAGUGGGCGCAGGAGGCUCGCCUGGCGAGCGAGAGGAAGUCCCAGCAAUUCUUGAUGGCGAGGCCACCUCUACCCCCCGAACACUUUACCGAGAUGAUGGCUCUGGCGGAGAAGCUCGGUAACGAAGUCCUCCUGGAGCAAUGUCGUAUCGCCCGAAACAAGUGCGCGGAGGCCCUCGAGAUCGCCAGGUCCACAUCCGCUCCAGGAAGUCCCGCAAGAAGAAGAUCUUUCACCGCUUCCGAGUCGACCUCCUGGGACGACACCUUAGCCAAAAGAACGUCCUGGGACGAUAGUGACAGCAGCGCGUCUUAUGCUUGUCCGAUGGAGAGCGUCGGAUCAGCUGGCAGCGGUGGUCGACCGGUGCUAGACAACAUCGCCGAACUUCGAGAGAGUGCCGAGCAACUUCUGGAUUGCUCACCGCCGCGUACACCUCCGCGAAGCCCGGCACCACGAAGGCUGGUUAAGCCGCCAGUAAACUCGCACCUUCAUAGAUCAGCCAGCAUCGCGCCAGGAAUGAAGGCAAAAAAAACAAUACUGCUCAUAAUGAGGGAGAUGAUACAGACUGAACGAGACUACGUGAAAUCCCUCGAGUAUAUAAUAGAGAACUAUAUUCCGGAACUCGUGCGGGAAGACAUCCCGCAGGCUCUCAGAGGACAGAGAAACGUGAUCUUCGGUAAUGUUGAGAAGAUAUACGAGUUUCACAGUCAACACUUUCUACGCGAACUAGAGCAGUGCGAGCAAUCGCCCAUGCUGGUAGGACAAUGCUUCCUCCGACAUGAGAAGAAAUUUUAUCUUUACGCCUUAUACAAUAAGAAUAAACCAAAUUCUGAUUCGCUAAUGGCGGAAUACGGCUCGAGCUUCUUCAAACAGAAACAAUUAGAGUUAGGAGAUAAAAUGGACUUAGCUAGUUAUUUACUAAAGCCGGUUCAGCGAAUGGGAAAAUACGCUUUGCUACUUCAGCAACUGGUCAAAGCCGGUACAGAUUUAUCGGAACAAUUGUCCGGCAAAGAAGAAAAGGACGAGAAGGAAGAUGGUAUGAAACCAAUGGUCGAAGGUGAAGCGGAUUUGAGAGCCGCUGAGCAGAUGGUGCGAUUUCAACUUCGACACGGAAAUGAUCUUCUGGCGAUGGAUUCCCUUCGUGAUUGUGACGUAAAUGUAAAAGAACAAGGUAGGCUAUUGCGGCAAAAUGAAUUUUUAGUCUGGCAAGGAAAAGGCAAAAAAUGCCUACGUCAAGUCUUCCUAUUCGAAGAUCUUAUACUCUUCAGUAAAGCAAGAAGAUUUCCUGAUAGAAAGAACCUUGAUAUUUAUAUCUACAAACAUAGCAUUAAAACGACAGAUAUCGGCUUGACCGCCGUUAUCGCAGACUCGCCUACAAAAUUUGAAAUCUGGUUCCGUAAGAGAAAACCAGGAGAUACAUACACGUUACAGUGCGCGAGUGAGGAUAUUAAGAAAGCCUGGACUGAGGAACUAAGCAACCUCCUGUGGAAGCAGGCGCUUCGAAACAGAGAAGUGCGCCUAGCGGAGAUGUCGAGCAUGGGCAUUGGGAAUAAGCCGUGUUUAGAUAUAAGGCCUAGUGCAGAUCAAAUAAAUGAUCGCUCUAUCAGCGUAGCUCAACUCUCUAAGACACCUAGAUUUAGAAACUCUAUAGCGGUGUCAAUGACGGAGGAUUCCAGUCGUUGCAGCAGAAGGCCGCACAGUGUAAUUUCUGUUAGCUCGUCUUCGAGCAGCGGUGGAAGCAGCGGACCUCCUACAACACUUAAUCUUGGAUUAGACACGAGUCCACGACCGCAUCAUCGUAGUACUACACUGAAUAGCCAGUGUAGCGUCGAAAGUGGUAUCAUCGCUGAUAUCUCAAUUGUGUCGGAUGACGGGGGUGACGGCACCGAGAGAAGUCACUGGAAUUCAACUUUGGAGAGUCCUACGUCCCUCCCUACCACUUCCACUCCACUGCAGUCGCCAACCAGCGCAACAGGGGCAACAGUUACUCCUGCUUCCUCAACGGAUACGAAUCUCACAUCUUAUGACCAAGACAUGUCCAUUAAUCUAUGA